AUGUGUUUGUCUGGCAAAUUGUUUGGUAAGAUGUGGAGUCUUGUUCCUCGCCCUUCGAUUAGGUCUAAGUCGCCUCAUAUGACUGUUUUUGGAUUUGGUGCUGAUCUGCCACAGACUAAUGACUAUAAGUUGGUUAGACUUGUGUAUCAUAAGAAUGAUAUGGUCGGGUAUAAUAAGUAUAGUGGUUUACCUGAGAUUGAAAUUUAUUCGAUCAAUAGUGGGGUUUGGAGGAGAGUGGUGGGGUUUGAGAUUCAGCAUUGUAUUGUGGAGAUUAUGUCGUCUCCCGUUUUUGUCAAUGGAUUUGUACAUUGGAUUAUUUAUGAUUAUGUUGCGAAUGGUGGCAGACGUCGAAUUUUAAUCAUGACUUUUAAUAUAGCGAAUGAGGUGUUUGGGGAGAUUAUGUUGCCGGAUGCAAUAAUUGGUGGAACUAUGACAAGUUUAUUGGUUACGUUGUUUGAGGAAUCACUUGCUAUUGUUAGGUAUGGUAUGAGGAUGGGGAUGUAUGGUUAUUUCUGUCAAGUAUGGGUGAUGAAGCAGUACGGAGUUUCAGAAUCUUGGAAUAGGUUGUGUCAUAUAAAUUUGGUUGCAGGUUUCAAGAAAGUUGUUUGA